CAGUCAUUACAGAUGAUUAUCAGUAAAGCUGCUUUGGAACAAUGUGUAUUGGGAAAAGCACAAAUAAAAAACGAUACAAAUAAAAAUUAUCUGACUUGAUUUGACUUUUAUGUUACAAUGUUCUUUUCUGCUUUGGCAAUAAAAUCUCAAUGUUCUCUCUUUGCACUGUCAAAACAAACAAGUAGUAGCCAGUGCUGAAGCAUUUAACCAAUCAGAAAUAAGCAUAAUUAAUUCUGAUUCAAAGUAAUGGCCAGCAUAAUCCAACCACUGCCAACCAUGUUAAAAUAAAAUGUAGCAUUAUAAAUGUUAAAUCUAUGUACUGAUUACCAUUGUUCCAUGUCUGCCAAACAUGUUGAGAGUCCAAACGUCAUCUGCAGCCUGAAACUGAACUUUUGACCGGAUGUUAGGAGUGAGUGCACUUGGCUGCUUUGGAAAGCUACAGGAUGCUCCCUUACCCCCUUGCUCCCUAUUUAGUGAAUGACUUAACCUCCAGUGUGCUGUCUGUCUGCACUGGUCUCAGAACAGUUCGAAAUGCACCUUAUUUUCAUCCUAGCUCCAUAUAAAUCCUCUGAAAUCAAAUCUUUCCAGCUUUUUGAUGAACCCAUUGAUUCUCAGUGUGAUAAUGCGCAAUAAAUAUAGGAUUUCUAAGGGAAAAAAAGGCCUAUAGUCCAUGUACUGUAAGUAGUCAUUGUGAUUAACAGUGUGCCGAUUCACAAUAAAUCGAUAACAUUUUUUAAAUGGUAUAUCGAAUGAAACUAGAGACCUUUGACUCAAUCAGGUUUCACAAGUUCGUUUGCCCAUAUAAUCUUUAAACUAUUAAGGUUAAACUUAUUUGGCUUGCUGUCCACGGUGGAGGGGAUCAAGGAAGCAGCUUCAACUAGAGCUCUGAAGUACCCCCCGGGACUCUUAAUAUAGGAGAUGACUGCAUGGGGCAAGAUGCCUAGGGUAAAGGUGGAGUUGGGGAGGAGGAGGGAUACUGGAAACAGCUGAGAUCGAGCAGCUUAAAUACGCUGGCUGUUAAUUGAAAGAUUAGAUGGGCUCGCUCCUCCUGAACUUAUGUUUAGGAACUUCAUUUCACAAGUUUGUUUGCCCAUAUAAGCUUUAAGCUAUUAAGGUUAAACUUAUUUGGCUUGCUGUCCACGGUGUAGGGGUUCGAGGAAGCAGCUUCAACUUGAGCUCUGAAGUACCCCCCAAAAUGCAGAAGGAGUUUAGGACAGCAAGUUGAACGUAAAGGGACUGGAAGCUUAGAGGUUGAAUUGAUGUAGAUGAUUAUUUAGCUUGGAAGUAUGGAAGAAUCCCCCGGGACGGGUGGAAUUAAUUUUUUUGUAAACCCUUGAUAAGGAGAGCUAUCUGGGGGUUUGUAAUGGUAGGGCAUUGUUGGCCGUGGAUGAGUUUAAAGAAGAAAUUUAUGCCACUGAGGUAGACUUCGAUUGUUCCUGGCCGAAUUGAUUUGGUAUUAUGGAGGUGAGUGAUGAAAGAGGAUAUGGAGAGGAGAGAAAAAUCUGGAAAAACUAAGUUGUAUGCUCUGUGGAAGUUUUUGAAGGAACUCCAAGCUGUCCAGUAAGUUAGGAGUGUUCUGGGAGAGAUGGCUUGUAGUACUGAACCCAUAGAUAGGGUGUGGAGAUGUCUAAGAGAGUGGUCUAAAGGAAUAUGAGCUCUGAAUAGGGAGGAACUGGAAUUAGGUUGGUGUCUGCAAUGUUCUGAAUCUCUGAAAGAGAACACGGGAUAAAGUGUCAGUGAUUUGAUUUUGGUGACCUGGAAUAUGUUCAGCUUUAAAUGAUGAAUUGGUUGCAGGCAGAAAUCCAAAUAAGGUGUCUCAGAAGGGGCAUGAUUUUUGGAGCGUUUGAAUGGCCUUUGUUAAUACAGUGGACAGUGGCUGAAUUAUCGCAAUGGAACAAAAUGUUUUUUGUUGACCAUUCAGAUCCCCAUAGAUGGGCUGCUACGAGAAUGGGAUACAGCUCAAACAGGGCGGUUGAUUCGGCAGACUAGGGGGGAGAGGUGAGCUCGGGUGGCCAGGUCAAAGCUUCCUUUGUGGUAACCUCCAAAACCUAUGGAGGGGGCAGCGUCGGUAAACAGGGUGAUGUCGCAAGGUUGGGACAAAAUAUUGUCAUAGAAAAAGACUAGUCCGUUCCAUUGCUUUAUAAACAUGGUCCAGAGUUUCACAUCUGCCCGGUAGGGGGGGCUUAAUUAUGCGCAUAGCAUAAUUCCCCAAGGCUGGCCUUUUAUUUCCCACCUGCAUAAUUUAAGUGGCCUAGGAGAGAAAGCAAAUCGCGCUUGCUGCAGUGGGUUUCUUCUAGCAGAUUUAAUGCAAUGGUGAUUAUUCUGUCUAUUUUUUCUUUGGGAAGGGAGGCUUAGAAUUUGAUGGAAUCUGGGAGGAUUCCGAGGAAUUUCAGGGAUGUAGAUGGGCCCGAGGUUUUCUCGGGUGAGAGGGGAACUCCUAGUUCAGAGAAGACAUUUUGGACAGUUGUUAAAAGUUUUGCUGCAGGAAAAUGGCUUGGGGAAAUGAUGAGGAAGUCGUCAAGGAGAUGAAUGAGGUAGGGGAUUGCAUAAUUGUUUUUUAGAAUCCAGCAGAGGGCUUCGGAGAGCAUGUAGAAUAUUUUGGGACUGCUUUUGCAACCGAAAGUCAAACGGACUGCGAAGUAGAAUUGAUCACGCCAGCGAAUGACAAACAGAUGCCAGAAAUCAGGGUGAAUGGGCAUAACUUUAAAAGCUGAAGUUAUAUCUUCUUUUGCUAGCCAAGCUCUGAAACCAGUGUUUUUAAUGAGGGUGAUAGCUUGGUUUAUAUCGUGGUAGUGCACAGAGAAUUCAUUUAGUGGAAUUAGACUGUUGAUACUGGGUUGGGAAUUGCUAUGAGGGGCAGAGUGAUUGAUGAUAAAGCAUUUUUUACCAGAGAAUUUCCUAGUGGCUACUCGAAUUGGACUUAUGCGGAACAAUUUAAAUGGGGGGGAAUCGAAAGGACCGGUCAUGAAUCCAGAAUCUAUUUCUUUGUUGAUGAGGGCUUCAACUAUGUUGGGUUCGGCUGCCGCAGACUGCAAGAUGAUGCAGAUCAAACUGGACAUGAUGGAGUAACGACGAGAGAAUGAGGAGAUGAAGUCCUGGAAGAUGGGGAACAAGACGCAAUUAAAGCUGGCUGCCUUGAAGGAGGAGGGGAGAGCGGUCUUCUGGAGCAUGGUUUGUAGGAGCACUGGGUUUUGUGGCUUGAACGCUCAGAAGGGCUAUCCGUGCUUGGAAAAGGAGGAUCCAAUCUUGCAUGAGAGGAGAUUGUUGGUGUGUCUGGAAGAAAAUAGAGUUCGUCGUCUGAUGGGAAUAGCUGGAUUUCCAGGAGGUUGGACAUGUUUCAGGGAUGGAACGACCGGAUGCUGGAAACAGCUGAGACCGAAGAGAGGUGGAGACGAGAUGUCAGUAAAGCUUAAGUUUGAUUGUCCGGCUGACGGCAGUAUGGUACAGAGGAGCCGUUCCUUUACUGGAGUAAACACACUCGGUGGCCGGAGACGACUUUCCUCGGCUCGUAGUUCUCUCCGUACAAAAGUCAUGGCAGGGAAACCUUCCAGAAUUUCCUCUUCUAGCCGGAUGGGUAGCAGUGUCUGGGGUCAACAGCCAGAACAGGUUGACAGAAUCUUCCAGGCCUUGAGAAAAGGACUCAAGAACUACUUGGAAAACCAUCAAACAGAGAUGGACUUCCUGUCAUCCCAGCAGAGAGACACGAAGAGAAACUCCAGACUGGCUUUUUUCUAUGACUUGGAAAAGGAGAUACGAGCCUUAGAGAGAUACAUACGACGUCUAGAGUUUCAGAUUUGUAAGGUAGAGGAACUGUAUGAGUCCUAUUGUAUCCAGUGGCGACUGUGCCAAGGGGCUUUGAACAUGAAGAGGGCGUUCUCACUUUCUCCUUCUUCACAACAAUCUAGAGAGAGUUUACUGGAGCUGAAUCGUAAUCACAGGCACAGUCUGGAGGACAUGUGUGCAAUGGAAGGAGAACUGGAAAUCCUGCUGGGAGAACUACAAAUCAAAAUGAAAGGGUUGAUAGGCUUCGCUCGGCUUUGCCCCGGAGAUCAGUACGAGGUGUUGAUCCGACUGGGCCGACAGAGAUGGAAAAUCAGAGGGCGGAUCCAGACGGAUGACAGACAGUUGUGGGAUGAAGAGGAGAUGGUCUUCCUCCCUCACAUCCACGGAAACUUUGAGAUCAAGGUAACAGAGGUCAAGGGGUUGAGCUCCAUCCUUGUCGGCAUGGUGACGUGUAGGAGUGCAGAUUUUUUCACAGUACGACCGCAGAUGAUGGUUGUCGACAUUACAGAACUGGGAACCAUCAAGCUACAACUAGAGGUGGUUUGGAAUCCAUUUGAUAGCAGUGAGGUGCGGCCCAUCACAGCGUCUGUCAGCCGCCAGUCGAUCCACAGUAGAAAAGGAUCUGUAUAUAGCUGGACACCUCCCAGCACACCCAAUUUCACAGAGAAGUACUUUUUAUCGAUGAUGCGUCAGUUACAGGAUGCAGAUGGCUCUUUCUCCAUUGGCUCUCGUGAAUCCAGGGGCGUGACUUUACUUAGCUACCUGGCUGAUUCCACCCAGGCCCUCACUCCUCCAGCCUAUGAGAGGACAAGCGACCCACCGCUCACGCCCCAACCUGCCCUGGACACCAAAUUACAGGACCACGAUCUGCUGAAGACGCCCCUAGGAGAUGCAGAAGAGAGUGUGGAAUGGCCAUCAGAGACAGAAACACCUUCCCCUAGUCCUGCAGGAAGCAAGAGAGACUCCAUAUUCCUCUUCCACCGCUACAGCACACCUGACAUCCUGCGGCAGAACGGAGAGGUGCCCAUUAGCACAGUUGAGGUAGAGGCAGAGGGGACGACCGAACAGGAGACCUUGUUCAAGAAGCGGCUUGAAGAGAAUCUCCCAGUGAAGGACAGAGUGAGCAGAGCCCAGAGGAGAGCUGUGAUGAAGAGAGUUAGUUCACUACUAGAGGAACUGCAUGCAGCACUGCAGGAGAUGAGCAACGUAGAGACAGAGUUAAAUAAACUAGAUCUGCACAUACAACAACUACAUGAGAUCUUGAAGAAGGAUCUUGAGCCUCCUCAGAUGCCCUCAUGUGAAACACUAGCAGUAGAGGAAGAGGAAGUCCUGGGCAGUUUCGAUUUCCUUUCUACUGAUUUUAAUGAGGAUGAAAUCUCAAGCAUGGCCAACAUCCAACACAGGCACACUGAGAAUGGUUCAUUUCAUGAGAACACCUUCAAAAGCCUAGGUCUGUUAUCUCAGGAUAAGAACUCAUCGUCCUCAGAAGACAUCAACAGAGGACAAAACAGACUGAGAGAAGACAAUGCAGUGAAGGGAUCACUCAGUAUAGGGGUCUACAGUCUGGAUCAAGCUCUAGAAACCCACCUCAGCAUCUGCACAGUGCUGUUGAGGGCUCUGAAGUGUUCUAACUCCGAUCUUGUGCACAAAGACAUCAUGGAGGAGCUGUCAGGUCAAGUUGAUGUGCUGGAUAAAAUCAGCACUCUGUCACAGAGGAGGACAGAUGAGAUUUCAGUGACAGAGCUGUUGUGUGGAACUCCCAAGGGGAUUGCGAUAUUUUGGAAGGAGUGCAGUGAGAGUGACACGCUUUUCUGCUGCUCCACUGAUAGCUUUCUCAGGACACUGCGCAAACAUUACAUCCACAAAGUCAAAGCCAAACAGCCUGGACAGCCAGAUGCAGUGUUUGGUCAGUUGCUGCAUCAGGUUCAGUCCAGUUGUAUGAUGGUGUCAAUGACUCAGUGCACUACAGACAGAGUCACUGUGUUCCAGCUGUUAGUCUACCUCAAGAGAUGGAGCAUAACUGACUUUGGAGAGCACAUCUCUCUCCUUUCCAAAGAAGUGUAUCUGAUAGCCUGUCUGGAGAGUCCCAAGAGGAGACGUGCCCUGAAGAAGCUGAAAGGAAAGCGGAUCUCAGAGCUGCAGCCGACAGACCACACCCUACAACUGUUGGCAAAAUUACAGACAGAAGCCAAUCACAAGGUGGCCUCGGCAGCCACUUCCUGUCUCAACAGAGCCUCACGUUCCAAAUCUUUCAGGGCAAAGGCAGUGGUUCACUACACAGAUCUGUUGAAGAACAGCAACACACAAGUCCGACAUGAAGCCUGUUUGGCUCUCAAAUGUCUGAAGGCCUCAGAGAGUGCAGAGCAGGUGGCCAAGCUGUGGCAUUCAGCAGAUGAAGACCUGAGGAACGCCGCACGGGAGACCGUACUGUCCUUUGGUAAGAAAGGCCAUAUGGCAUUCCAAUGUAUGGACCAGAUCUAUGAGCUACAUGAGGAGGCCUAUACGAACUUGGAAACAGAAAUCACAAUCUUAUAGAAACACCAGAAACUCAUUUGACUUGAUCUGAUUGGAUAGUGCUAAGACGGUGAUGGUCUGUUUUGAGCAGUUCAGUUUUGAUUAACCGCAUUCCAUCUGUGUGUGUGUACGUAUAUUGCCUAGUAUAAACGAUGCUUUCUGAGUAUUAUUUCCAUCUUAUUUUAACUAAAGUGAAAUAUUUAUGAAUAAACUGUUUUCUAUGUUGCAUAUGUAUUAUAUAUUAUUUAGCACAUAAUGUAUAGACAAUAAAUGUAAAUAUCAACACUCAA